UCAGCCGGACGAGGGCUCGACCAGCAGUUGCACGGCUGUCACCGUGGCUGACACCCGGAAUGAGGGAUUCAAAAGAGGCUCCUCUACUAGUCCGAGCCCCUUCCCCCCAUACAAGUUGCCUCGCUCCCAGUCCCCAACAUCCACGGCACAAAUGACAGAUGCAGGGGAGGGACACGAUGGGACAGACAAGGUGGCGGUGCAGGAAGGAAACUUGGAGGGAGUCGUUCAACCCGUUGGACCCUCUUUCAGCCCCAGUGCACGGAGGAAAUCCUGGAGGAGGGCCACCAUAACACGACGCUCGCUCUCUGCUCUCCCCAACCCUUCCAGUCUUCUGUGUCAGAACAUCAGCCGAUCCCUACCACAACAGGAGAGGUUGGAAAAACUAAUGGAGGCUUCAAUGAGGUUGGCAAUAGAGCGAACUCGAACUUUGCUGCAGUCAAUACCAAACGCCUCAAUGGAGUCAUUUCAAAAACAUGUUGAACACAUGCAGAAAGAAUGGCAGUCUGUAGCCCAAGACAUACGGAGCCAGUCACAAAAUCAAGAGCGUCCCAUUUGCACAACGAGUGACCCUGCAGUGCAGAGAGCCAAGGAGCAAAUCCACAAAGCCAUUCACAGGCUACAGAUCGAGAGUGAAUCCUGGGACGCACUGUUAGAUAAACACCGUUCAAAAGCCGAAGCACUGGCUAGGAAAGUGGAGCAGGUUCAGGAGAAGGGGGCAACGCUUGACCCUACCUCCAUCGCCCAGUCUUCACAGCACCAUCUCAUACAGAGUAAACCUGACUACCGCAGCCUCCUCUCCAGGCAACAGCCCUUACUUCACACCAUGGAAAUGGUGAUUGACACUCAGUGUAAAAUGGUUCGACAGCUUCUCUUCACCCAGGAGCGGUCUCAGUUAUUGGUGAAAGAGGCCAGUAAAAGAUUGGCGACAGAAGCAGGAUUCCAGGACCUUGAAGGCAACUCCAUCAGGAGUCUAAUUGCGGCACUUUUAUCCUCCACCGCUACUUCAUAGUCCCAUUGGCUGGAGCACCGCCCACCGUUUGGACGUAGGCCCCGCCCCUUCAGUGACUCACUCCCAUCUCCUGCACUGGGCCUGGCCGACGAGGAGGAACGAAGCUUUGACGUGCCUGUCAGCCAAAGCCCUCACCCCCUCCGUUUUAUUUCCCUUGUUGUCUUUCAGUGCGUCAGUGUUCUCUCAACUUCGCGAGUUCCUUCAUUCCCUUAACACGGUAGAAAUUCUUGUAAACAUCUUAUGUUCUACACCACCUAAUCAUCAACCUGAUGCGAUA